AUGGACGCCGCUUCUUCAUCCCCGCCAACAACCUCCCAACCUCUUCAUCAAACUCCGCCCUCGCCGUCGCAGUCCCAGUCGUCGCAGUCGCAAACCUCACAGCCGUCGUCGUCGUCCUCGUCGCCCACAUCCACCACCUCCAACGGCGUUGCAUACAACAACUAUCUCAACCCGAACAUCGCAAAGCGAAUACCGACACCGAACGGCACUGCGAACGGACUGUCAACCGGCAUACCGCGUUCUACUUAUAAUCCUCCCAAAACCGUGAUCGGACGAGCGCUAGGGAACGAGCUGCAUACGGAAGCCCACAAGCCUGUGCAAUUGACCUCUCAGCGCCGCCUGUCCAAGGACGGAGUCGGGAUGGCCCUGUCUGACACUCCGACUUCUACCGCGCCGAGUUCUCCGCAGAUACGCGCGCAAUUGCAAACUCCCACCUCGUCUACCGCCCAAACACCCAAACCUCGCGCCACAACCCUCGACAUCCCCGGCCUCACUCGCUCCAAAGUCUCGCCCGAUGGACGUAUUCCCGAGCGCGAUGUCGGCUCCAAGCUGGUCAUUGUCAUGGUCGGCUUGCCGGCUCGAGGCAAGAGUUACAUCACAAAGAAGCUCGCCCGAUACCUGAAUUGGCUGCAACAUGACACACGCAUAUUCAAUGUCGGCGAGCGACGGCGUAUCGCCGCUGGUACCGGUAGUCCAGACCCGUCUAUGAUGAAUAUCAAGGCUAGGACGAAUAGCUCUCUUGACCAACAGCUCGUCGAAUCUGUGCGCAGAAUGAGUGUGAGGGCACGCUCGUUUGCCGCGUCUCCUCCCUCGCCGCCUGAGAAGGCGGAUGCGCUUCCACCACCGGCAAUGUCGAUUUCACCUGCAGCUGAGAUUUUGGUUAAUGGUCAGCAUGUUGAUGCGCCGGGACCGGUACCGCUGUCGCCAAAGGGAAGCUUGACUGUCGAUACGAACGUUGAGUCUAAGCGGGAAUCGGAACAAAAGCGCGAAUCAAUCGACCAGUCUGCCGCUUUCUUCGAUCCCAAGAACCGCGAGGCAGUUCAGCUCCGCGAGCAGGUUGCGCUGGCCACAUUGGACGAAUUGCUGGAUUAUAUUCUUGACCAAGGCGGUAGUAUCGGUAUUCUCGACGCGACGAACAGUACGCUCGAACGUCGCAAAACGAUCAUGGACCACAUCCGUCAACGAGCUGGUCCGGAACUAGGAGUCCUAUUCCUCGAAAGUCGCUGUGUUGAUCCGGUGCUCCUAGAAUCGAAUAUGCGCUUGAAACUGUCCGGUCCCGAUUACCGAACCCAAGACCCCGUCAAAGCGCUCGAAGACUUCAAAAAGCGAGUCGCGCUUUACGAAAAAUCCUACGUCCCUCUCGGUGAAUACGAAGAACAAAACGACAUGGCAUACGUGCAAAUGAUUGACGUAGGCCGCAAAGUCGUCGCACACCAAACAACCGGUUUCCUAUCCUCGCAAGUCGUCUACUAUCUGCUGAAUUUCAAUCUAUCGCCCCGCCAAAUCUGGAUUACUCGUCACGGCGAAAGCAUCGAUAACCAACUCGGCCGCAUCGGCGGCGACUCCGAAUUGAGCGAGAACGGACACAAGUACGGCCAAGCACUCGCCCGGUUCAUCGACGACCAACGCCAGAGAUGGGAAGCACAUCAAGCACAGAAAGCCAGGACGAGCCACUUCCCGCCGCAUCCUGGUGACAGCACGCCGCCUAAUCCAUCGUACGGAACACAGAGUAAUAAACCGCGCAAUUUCUGUGUAUGGUCUUCGAUGAUGAAACGCGCUAUUCAAACCACGUCGUAUUUCAACGACGAAGAUUACGAUAUCAAGCAAAUGCGUAUGCUGGAUGAGUUGUAUGCCGGCAAGAUGGAAGGUUUGACAUACGACGAAAUCAAAACUCAGUAUCCAGAGGAAUACGAAAGUCGUCGCAAACAGAAAUUGCAAUAUCGCUACCCGGGUCCUGGUGGAGAAGGGUACCUGGACGUCAUUAACCGUUUGAGAACUGUCAUUGUCGAAACUGAGCGCACAAUCGACCAUGUCCUGCUAGUUACGCACCGCUCUGUUGCGCGCGUUCUGCUUGCAUAUUUCCUGGGUCUAGACCGAGAUGAAGUCGCGGGCCUCGAUGUGCCGCUGGGCGUACUCUAUAUGCUCGAACCGAAACCGUAUGGAGUCGAGUUCAAGGUGUACAGAUACAAUCCCGAGACGGAGUGGUUUGAUCACAUACCUGGUUUUGAGUUGCAUCAGGCUAGACCUAUCUAG